AGGUAACAAACCACAAGCAGGGGUCGAGUCCCCCGGGAAAGAGGUCGUCCAGUAACAACCGACAGGUGAGCCCUCGAGCCCUAGAGGAGCUAGAGAGAGCCUCCCGCGUCCUCAGACACACCCCGCACGAGGCCAUGGUGGAGCAUCUCCUAGCCUCAGUCACCUCAGCACCCUCAAGUGCAAAGUCCUGACACACGAAGGCGACUUAGUCCAUCGUUUUUUUUGUCUGCCCAUCCCACCGUGUGUUUGUUUUUCAAAAUUCUAUUCUAUUUCAUUGUUUUAAAAAUAUCAUUCAUGCGAUGUUACUUACUUAAAACUCAUCAGUUACAAGUAUUAAAACCAUUUUCACAAUAUAUUUA